AUGUUCGGUUGUCCUAUAUUCACAAGCCAUAUCAAUGAUCAUUUGGGUAAAGCACAUCUGAGAUUUGCUAUGUUACUAUUCAUGCUGUGGGUGAUAAUAUGGCUUCCUCAGGUCAUAUGCCAUGAUGCUAAAUGCACCAUCAACAACCGUAGUAUUAAACACAAGUCUUACCAUUCAGGUGAUCACAUCAUUGGUGGCAUUAUUUCUCUUAUUUACAUGAUGUCUAACCUGAUCACUUUCAAAAGAAUUCCAUUGGAAGAACUCAUUGAUGAUCCCAUUUUGUUUCUACAGAACUACCUGCAUAUCUUGUCCUUGAUCUUUGCUGUAAAGGAGAUCAAUGAAACUCCUCAGAUCUUGCCAAACAUCACUCUGGGCUUUGCCAUAUCUAACAGCCAUUUCAUGGCAACAUGGACCUACCUUGCUUCUAUGGAGCUUCUUUCUUCAUAUGACAGAUUUGUUCCCAACUACAAAUGCAGGAUCCACCAGAACUCAGUAUGUGUUAUUGCAGGACCCAAUUCUCAUAUCUCUCAGGUUAUGGCAGACAUCCUCAGCAUUUACAAGAUUCCACAGCUCAUAUAUGGCUCAGCUCCAGUGAUGGAUAACAUAAUUCAUACAGCUUUCUUUCAUCAGAUGUUUCCAAAUGAACAUCUUCAAAUAAUGGGGAUCCUCCAGUUGCUGCUGCAUUUUAAGUGGACCUGGAUUGGAGUAAUUUGUCAAGAAAACAAGAUUGGUGAAAGAUUUCUGCGGGAAGUGCUUAUCAUGUUUUCCCAAAAUGGAAUCUGCUUCAAUUACAUUGAACAGGUUCCAACAGUAGCUUUUUCGAAUGAGCUGGGAGAACAAAUCAAUAAUUUUCUUAAAAUAUACAAAGUCAUUAUGAGAAGUACCUCCACUGUUGUGAUCAUAUACUCUGAAAAUGAAAUCAUGGCUAUUUUCAGAAUGUUCUCCUUUAUUUCAGAAAUUGUGGAAACAACAGUUGAGAGAAAAGACAAAGUUUGGAUUUUUCCAGCCCAGAUGGAAUACACCUCAGUCCCAUUUUUAAGAGACAGGAGUAUGGACUUCAUCCAUGGUGCUCUUUCUUUUGCAGUUUCAUCAAAAGAAUUAUUAGGAUUCAAUACAUUUGUUCAGAUGAGAAAUGGUGUUCCAGAAAAGGAAGACAGUUUUUCAAGGGUCUUUUGGGAACAAGCCUUUGAAUGUUCUUUCUCAAAGUCCACUCUAAAACCAAAGUCAGAGAAAAUGUGCACUGGGGAAGAGAAGCUGGAGACUCUUCCAGAGUCUAUUUUUGAAUUGAGCAUCACUGGGCAAAGCUAUAGUAUCUACAAUGCAGUCUAUGCUGUGGCACAUGCUCUGCAAGCCAUGCUUUCAUCCCACUCCAAACACACAACAAUGGCUGGUAGUGGGAAAGAGAAGCUUCUGAAUCAUCAAGUGUGGAAGCUUCAUCACUACCUGAGAAAAGUCUCAUUUAACAACACUGCUGGAGAAAAUAUUUUCUUUGACCAGAAUGGGAAGGUUGCAACUGGCUUUGAUAUUAUCAACUGGGUCACCUUCCCAAACCAAUCCUUUCUUAGGGUCAAAGUUGGAAAAGUAAAUCCAUCAGCUCAACUAGAAAAGCUUCUCCCUCUAGCAGAAGAUAACAUUGUCUGGCCCAACCUUUUCAACCAGACACAACCUCUUUCUUUAUGCAAUGACCAUUGCUCCUUGGGUUAUAGCAAGAUCAAAAUAGAAGGGAAGCCAUUUUGCUGUUACAAAUGCCUUCGUUGCCCAGAAGGGAAAAUUGCCAACCAGACAGGUUUAGAUGACUGUUUCCCAUGUCCCAAAGAAAAAUAUUCUAACAAGAACCAGGCUUUCUGCAUUAAAAAACUCACAACUUUCUUGUCUUACAAAGAACCCUUGGGAAUCACUUUGACCAGUGUUGCUUUCUUCUUUUCUUUCAUCUCAGCUGUGGUACUGGGGAUCUUCAUUAAACACCAGGACACUCCCAUUGUCAAAGCCAAUAACAGGAACCUCACCUACAUUCUUCUCAUUGCUCUCCUAUUCUCUUUCCUUUGCAGUUUGCCCUUCAUUGGGCAACCUAACCAAGUAAAAUGUCUCAUGCGACAAACUGCUUUUGGCAUCAUCUUCUCCAUAGCCCUUUCUUGUAUAUUAGGGAAAACAACCAUUGUUGUUCUUGCUUUCAUGGCCACCAAGCCAGGCUCCAAAAUGAGGAAAUGGGUGGGGAAAAGGCUGGCUAAUACUAUUGUCCUGUUUUGCUCCCUGGUGCAAGUCACCAUUUGUAGUGUGUGGUUGGCAAUUUCUCCCCCAUUCCUGGAUUCAGACAUGCACUCAAUGUCUGAAGAAAUUGUCCUGGAAUGUAAUGAAGGUUCAACCAUCAUGUUUUAUUCUGUCCUUGGUUUUAUGGGGCUCCUGACUGCUAUCAGCUUCACAGUGGCUUUCCUUGCUAGGAAGCUACCUGAUAGCUUUAAUGAAGCCAAAUUUAUCACCUUCAGCAUGCUGGUCUUUUGUAGUGUCUGGAUGUCAUUCGUUCCUAUCUAUCUGAGCACCAAGGGAAAAUACAUGGUAGCUGUGGAAAUCUUCUCCAUUUUGGCUUCUGCAGCAGGAUUACUGAGCUGCAUCUUUUCCCCCAAAUGCUAUAUUAUUGUUUUGAGGCCUGAGUUAAACAAAAAGGAGCAACUAACAAAGAAAGAAAAGUAA